UUUGGUUGUUAAUUAUGUAUUAUGAUUGUGAAGUUUCUAUUUGAGAAAAAAUUUAAUUAUAUGGUAAUUUAAAAUAAUAAAAAGAAAACAUGAUAUCCGAAAAAAUUUGUAGAACUUGUGUGGCUGAGAAGGAUAAUUUACAAGCAAUUUUUAAUGUUACAGAUAUGCUAAAAGUGUGUACUUCUAUACAGGUAACUAAAAAUGAUGGUUUGCCGGAAUUAAUUUGUUCGGAAUGUAUAGAAAAAUUAAAUAAUGCUUUUGAGUUUAGAAAGCAAUGGUAA